AUGGAUCCGUACUCAGCGGAAGGAGAACUCGUCAACAUCCACAACGCCUACCACCAAGGCCAAUACCAAAAAGUCCUCGACUUCGACACCACCUCCUUCUCCUCCUCCAACACCCUGCCCGCCCGAAUCCUCAAACUCCGCGCAAAAAUCGCACUAGGCCAGUACAACCAAGUCCUCUCCGAAACCAAGAACCAACCCAACAACCCCGACCUCGCCGCCCUCCACACGCUAGCCUCCUACCUCAAAGACCCCAGCAACGGCGACGCCGCGGUCUCCUCAGCUAGAAACCUCGCGGAAAAGCACGGCGACAAUCUGACGGUGCAGCUCUGCUGCGGGACUGUGCUCGCCAACGCGGGCGCGUACGACGAGGCGCUGGCGCUGCUGGCGAAACACCAGGGCUCGCUUGAUGCGGUCGCGCUGGUCGUGCAGAUACAUCUGCAGCAGAACAGGGUUGAUCUCGCGGCCAAGGAGGCGAAGAAUGCGAGGGGGUGGGCGCAGGAUGCGCUGGUGGUGAAUUUGGUAGAGAGCUGGGUGGGGUUGAGAGAGGGCGGCGAGAAGUACCAACAAGCCUACUACGUGUUCGAAGAGCUAGCACAGGCGUCGGCGACGCAAUCGGUGCAGGCGCUGGUGGGCCAGGCGGUCUCGGAAAUUCAUCUUGGACGGCUGCCGGAGGCCGAGGCGGCGCUGCAGCAGGCGAGGGAUCUAGAUGCAGAUAAUGCGGAUGUUCUGGCUAAUACGAUUGUGUUGAGCACAAUUAUGGGGAAUGAUACGGCGGAGCAUAGGAGUCAGCUGGAGAGCGUUGCGCCGAAGCAUCAGAUGCUGGAGGAUAUUGCGGCGAAGAAGCAGGCGUUUGAUGCGGCGUGUGCGAAGUAUAACCCCAAGUUUGAGCCAUGA